GGGGACUGUAUCUGCAAUCCUGGAUAAAAAGGAAAAUUAAAGUUUGGUUUAAACCGACACACGGUCCACGCCCUCCUCCAAUACAAGCGUGAAAUAAAAAUCUGAGCUUGAUUGUAUCUUUCCUCAGCGACUGAGAAACUCUGCGAGUCAAGCCUCUCUUUCAAUGUUGUCUUUACCUCUCUCUUUGCUAACAAACAGGAAAUGCCCAUGUAAUAUCAAAGUAAUCGUUAUUAUUCCGCAUUUAAAAAAAAACCCCAUCUGGUUGCAUUUCUCCACUCCGGUCCCACCCACGUCCCCCACUGCAAGAUCCCAAACCAGCCCGGGGUAGCCGGAUAUCUGACACGUUGUCUCAGAUACAGUUGUUUUUCAACAAUAUGUUCCAAAACAGCAAGGAAAUCUGGCCACCUUUCCCCAUGUCUGGCAGCUCCAGAAUUCAUUUGUUAAAUUCCUGCUGCAGCAAAAAGAGUUGGUUUCAUUCCGUUUCCAUACACCCUGUCCCCCACCCCCAUGACGGAAAGUGUCGCAAGCUACAAUUAAACAAACUGGAUCGUUUAUUAAUCCUCGUUUGGGGUCGAUCUGAUGGAUGAAGUCGUCUGAAGCCACGUGCUGGCGAAAUUGACUUGCGAAUCUUUUAAAUCAUUGUGGGGAUCCAUCUGAAGGGUUGCAUGAGGGGGUUGAUGUUUGAGCCGAGGUCUGCACUGGCGCUCUGGGGUGGUGGGAAAGGGGAGUGCGUGCGUGUGUGUGUGUGGAAAUCCUCUCUCUCUCUUUUCAUGCAAAAAGAAACUUUCUCAAAAGUUCGUUCAAACGUCUCAGGCUAGGAAAAGCAGAUUGAUGAUGAAGAUAAGAGGGUAAAAAAAAAAAAAGACAGACCGAGCAAGUAAAAACAAACAAAUAAACACACGCCCCCAAAAAUAACCUCACAGAUGUAUGUGUUUUUGCAUUUUAGUAGCUUCUACCCAGGGAGUGAAAUCCGGGCAGGUUGUUAUAGCUACCCUAAUCCACAGGGGUCCCCCCCCCCCACAUCUAUUUAAACCCCCUAAAUCUUCCUUCCCCCUUUUUAAAACUACAUUUUAUCUCUGGCUUGUGGGCCAACAUGCCCCUAAUGAGUAUUAAAACACUAUCUCCUUGCAAUUAGCUCAUUCCUGCCUUCCCGCUCCUGAUUGACAGAGCAAGCAGAAGCACCCAGAAUUCUCCCUUUGGCAAUAAGUGCUGAUUGGGUCCUUCUACAGAGAGCGACUUCAAACUUUUUUUUCUUUUUCUUUUUUUUUUUUUUUUAAUAUUUGCCUUCAGUGUCUUGGCUGAGAGAAGAGUUUUUUACCUCUCUGGGAUUUUUUUUUUUUUUCUCGAGAGGAGUUGGGGAAGGAAGAGAGAGGAUUAUUUACCUGGUUGGGCUGAGUUCAUUCGAUUUGAUUUGUUUUUUUUUUUUAUUCAAACAAUCAUCGUAAAGCAGAAGAAAGGCAAGCGUUGGCAACUCUGGUUGAAUUUUUUAAAAAAAAAAUACCCCCAAACUUUUCAUCAACUUUUGGCGAUGGGCUGUUUUGGAUAUUUCCUGUUUCUUUGUGGGCUGAGUCGAGCUAUGUCAAGUUACCCAAUCUGGUGGUCCUUGGCCAUCGGUCACCAGUAUUCCUCCCUGGGGACUCAGCCCAUCCUCUGCGGCAGCAUCCCAGGGCUGGUCCCCAAGCAGCUGCGCUUCUGUCGGAACUAUGUGGAGAUCAUGCCCAGCGUGGCGGAAGGGGUCAAGAUCGGGAUCCAGGAGUGCCAGCACCAGUUCCGUGGGAGGAGGUGGAAUUGCACCACCGUCAAUGACAGCCUGGCCAUAUUUGGGCCUGUGCUAGAUAAAGCUACCCGGGAGUCGGCCUUCGUCCACGCCAUUGCCUCCGCAGGCGUUGCUUUUGCGGUGACCAGAUCCUGUGCCGAGGGCUCGGCCACCAUCUGCGGCUGCGAUACCCGCCACAAGGGGCCCCCCGGGGAAGGCUGGAAAUGGGGAGGCUGCAGCGAGGACGUGGAGUUUGGGACCAUGGUGUCUCGAGAGUUCGCGGACGCCCGGGAGAACAGGCCGGAUGCUCGGUCAGCCAUGAACAGGCACAACAACGAAGCUGGGAGGACAUCCAUUAUUGAUCACAUGCAUCUGAAGUGCAAAUGUCAUGGUCUGUCAGGCAGCUGUGAGGUGAAGACAUGCUGGUGGUCCCAGCCAGACUUCAGGGUCAUCGGUGACUAUCUCAAGGAUAAGUACGACAGCGCUUCUGAAAUGGUGGUGGAGAAGCAUCGGGAGUCCCGUGGCUGGGUCGAGACGCUCAGGCCCAAGUACAACUUCUUCAAGGCCCCAACUGAGAGAGACCUGGUUUACUACGAGAACUCACCAAACUUUUGUGAGCCGAACCCCGAGACGGGCUCCUUUGGGACCCGCGACCGGAUCUGCAAUGUCACCUCCCACGGGAUAGACGGAUGCGACCUUCUGUGCUGCGGCCGCGGGCACAACACAAGGACUGAGAAACGGAAAGAGAAGUGCCACUGUAUCUUCCACUGGUGCUGCUACGUCAGCUGCCAGGAAUGCAUACGAGUCUACGAUGUUCACACGUGCAAGUAAAGCAGGAAUUCCCUGGACAGGCUCCGUGCGGAGAAACGGAUUUGAGCCUGCUUCUUCCGAGGUUGUGUAGAUGGGAAAGAUCUACUUUUUUUUAUAGUAAAAGAAAAAAUAAAAAAGGCUAAAAGUGGCUGGAUAGAAUAGAUCUAAUGACUUCUUGGUCGUCCCAAGAUGCAUCUGGAGGCUAACAUUACAAAUAUGGAACUCCAUGCAAAAUGAUUAUGCACCGGUUAGGAGACUGUGAUUCCUUUAACUACCCAACAGCACAGAACUGCAGAGACGAUUGUUAGCGGGAGCAUGAUUCUUUCCUCUUCCCUCUACUAACCUGAAGAGACUCAUGCUAUUAAGUGUCCUUUGAAAGACUUGCAACUUCCUAAACACCUCCUGUUCCCAACCCAAUAGGAAGAGGUGAUGUCAGACAACAGCUCUCAACAUACUGAGAUCCUUUCCAAGCCCCAGCAACCAGAGUCCGUGUGCAACGUGAAUGGCAAAAAAUUAAAAUAAAAUAAAAUAUUCAAUUCACUAAAAAAACAAACAAACAAACCCUUCUUCCACGUCUUCCGGGAACAGGGGAAUUCUGCAAACAUUCCUUAGUGCUGUAGAAUGGAUGAGCUCUUAGCAUGAACUUUUUAACAUAGUGGUUUCUGCCAGAUUUGACAUAGGACGCAGGGACCCAUUUAGUCACUUCUGCAGAGAAAGAGACUGCUGACGAAUUACCACCAAGGUCCCACUGACACCAGUGCAAAAGGUGUGGUAGAUGCUGUAAUCUCUAGACACAUGGUGCAUGUCGUAUGUAAAAACUCGGUGCCCAGAAGGGGACCCAGCAAACGCAUGGCCACACCAGCAGACACACCAGCAGACAUUGACCCAACUGUGGCCUCUGGAGGCAGGGGUGUGACUCAGCCAAUUAGGAGGAUGCCCGUUGAGACGUGCAGUGGGGUAGGGCACAAACCACCUGUGAUUAAGGUGAUGAGGACAUCGUUUCUUUGCACCAGAAGCCAGCAAGGAAAGGAGAGCAGGAAAGGUGUUUCCCCACCUCUGGUUAAGAAACAAAGUAACAUUGGAAAGGGCACUUAGUUCAUUUCAUCCUCUCCGUACAGCUCAGGCAGGCUAAUUCGGGGGGCUCAGCGGAACCCUCAGAACCGAACUCGGUUGGGAACAGCGGUUCUGAAGGACUGCGCGGUAUGUGUUGCUAGACAAACCCUGAACUGGAACAGCCUUGGACUCUGGCCAAGUUUGGAACCAGAUCCAACCUCCGCAAUUAGUGUCUCUAUAACAGGCCAAAUCAAAACCCUGGUGUCUGAACCACCCUCGACUUGGGGAACGUUUGGAUCCAGAUCCAAAUCCCAUCUCUGCAGCACGGCCCCAUCUCUGCUGUCGAACCGUUUCGCCUCUUUGACUCCAUCCCUUUGCCUGUGUUGCAAGCUGUCGUACCUCUGAGACCUAGAUUGGGCUUGCCAAUUUACAGUAACAAAUGUAACUUGCUGCAUGAUAAUCCGGGCUCCACCUACGGUUGUGGGUUCUCAGGCCUGACUCUCCACUCCCUCACACUGGCUUUUACAGCAGUAUAACCCUAUUGGCUUGGGUUGCAUUAUUCCUGAUUUACACUGGGGUAAGUGAGAGGUGAAUGAAGCACAGAGUCAUGGCACACUUAGCCUUUGCCUCCUUCAUGUCUCACCCUCUUUUCCCCACCCGCUGGGGGUCCCAUCUAGAGAAAUGGGAAAUGGACUGUUUUUUUUAUUUUUAUUUUUUUUGCCAUCAAGCAUUGCAGAAAUGGAAAUGAGGACUGACUGCCAUGGGAGCUGGAUCACGCCUCUGGGCUAGGUUGGGACUGCACACCUGAGUGGGGAAAUACAAGCACCCCCUCGAUCCCCAGAUGCUGGCUUGCUCUCUGCAACCCGAGCAGGUGAGUGGGGAGAAUGCAGCCGAGACAAGGAAUGAACUGAGCUUAAUCUCCACGGGGAGGGAGUUGUGCCCCAGAGGCAUGUCUCUGAGUCCCAGCGCCUCCCGGACUAUUUCUAAAUUGAGCUGCGCUCAGAGGCACAAGCUAGCCCUCUGGAUUGACGGGGUCAAUUUUGUCUACUCUGUGUGUAAAGGCUGACUGAUGCCAGAGUGUCUUCAUCUGUGGUUUAGAAAAAGGAGAGAACGUAUAAAUAGAGAAUUAGGCAUGGUUUUGCAUCCCUGCCCAUCCUGGCUCAUAGCCAUUGCAGAAGGAAAUGGCCCAGGAUAGGGAUAUUUGUGCGCCAGCUUUAAAAGGAAGGGAAACAGCUGGACAUUUUAGAGAAUCUUGUCUAAGUGGAAGGAAUCCUUAAAACAAACAAACUGCAAAAGAUUUGGUAAGGAAAAAAAAAGCUCAUGAUCCAGGGACAGCAAACACAUGGGCAGAUGCUAGGCCUGUCGCUUAAUGCACUUCUAGAAGGAGCUUGCAUGCCUUGAGGAUGAGGGCUGUGCCAGAGCCUGAAUAGCACAGAGCACAAGUGUGGGUUUAACAAUCAUUGGGGGCUAACUUCACUGCUGGUGCAAUUCCAUUGACUUUCAAUGGGAUUAGGCCAGCAGAAAAUUUAGCCCUUAUACAUUAAAGUAAGGUAGUUUAAAACCUUCCCUGCUUAACACCCACACAAAGACUUGAGUUAGGGGUUCUCAAUGUCCCUGGGGAGAACCGGCCAGCCUGACUCUGGUCUCACAUCACUUCUGCAGCGUGCUAGCUCCACCAAGAGUUACUUCUGAUUUACCCCACUGUGAGUGCAAUCAGAAUCAAGCCCACCAUCGCUGGCUCUCAACUCUGCUUGGGAAGUGUGAGGAAAAGUCUAGGCACUUGCUAAGCAAUGGCCUGUUCUGGGGAACACACAAAAUCUUGAGUCUAAAUUAUGGCAGAUGGGUAAAAUGGGGAAUGGAUCUGCAGUGAAGAUGGGCCUCAAGCUGCCACAUUCAGACUGGGGUUCAGAUUUCAAACAGCUUAACAUUUGUGGGUGGCCCUGCAGAACCAAGGAUUUUGAACUAGGCCCAUAUCCAAUUUCUCAACAUCUUUCUUUUUGUAAUGUAAAUAUUCAUCAUCAUGUAGCCUAAGGAGGUGAUCCAGCCCCCAUUUAAAUCAGUGAAAAGCCAACUGCAUGUGUUCUGUUAAUGACUCCAAAUGCAUUUGUGAGUUCUAGUCCCAGGUCUGACUCUUCAGAGGAGAGAGAGAUGGUUUAGCCACAGGUCUGGGAGCCAGAGGUCUGCUAGCCCUGAGACCUUGGACAAGUCAUUGGGACCUUAUGUGACAAAACUGGCCACUGAUUUUGGGCAUCCAUUCUGAGGUGUAUUAAGGAGUCUCACGUUGAAUUUGACACCCAAAACCCAAAGCCACUUCUGGAAAAUUAGGGCCACAGCCUCUCUCUGCUUUAGGUUGUCAUAUUCUGUAACAGGUGUGAUACCAUCUGCUUCCCUGAGGUGUCGUAUUCAUGACUUACUGUCUGGGAAGCAUUUUGCAAAUGUCAAAUGCUAAGAGUCACCAUAACCUUAAACAGGUUUCACAAAAUCUUUCCCUUCCACCUUUAUUUAUUCUGUACACCCAACACACUUAGGUCAAAAGCCGCAGCACCAUUCAUCUCCUAACACUGACAAAUGUGAACUGUCCCGCCCACCCUGAAUAAAACGCAGUGUUUUUCCCUUGUCUUCUUGCGUGUGACCAAAUGUAUCUUGGGAGCAGACGGCACAUACCGUGAGGAUCUGUGUGACAAUAACAGAGGGGGAAAGAUACAUCAAGCCAAGAAGCACAGCUGUAUAAAGAAAACUACGUAAGAAAGAAAAAAACAUAAUCCUCUUCUUAAAUGCUGCUAUUCCACAUCUACUGUAGCUAUAAAAUCAGGCCUGAUGGGUCACAAUGAUCCCUGAUACAACUCCAUUGCAGCCAGUGGAGGGACCCCAGGGAAGAAUUUGGCCUUAUUUUGUUUUCUUUCUAUGAAAGAAAUUGGUUUUUGUUUUGUUUUGGUUGGUUGUUUUGUUUUGCUUUUUGACUUAGGGGGUGUUUAUUUUAGGGUCAAAGGAAGAAAAAGGGAGGGGAAGGGUUUGAAGUUUUCUACCAACCUACCCUCCUCCCCCACAAAACACACACAUGGAGAUACCUGGUCAUGGGUUUGGUGGGUUUCAAUUGGGCAUUUAGUGUCAGGUACUAUGGGUCUGAUCCAAAGCAUAUUGAAGGCAAUGGGAAUCUUUCCCCUGAUUUCAAUGGGCUUUGCAUCUAGUUUUAUGGCAGUUGGGGCCUAAGCCUGAGAGAAGACUGAGUAUAACCCACUUUGUAAAGUGUAUGUGUGGUGUCCCCCUCUAGUGGCUAGUCCACAGACAGGACAACACCCUACUACUGCAGCCAGCAUCACUCCUUUAGCUGAAGUGGUAGCGUUUAAUGCUGAAGGGGCUAGGUUCAAACCUGCUGAGGAUGCGGCAAUGGGAGAGGGUGGUCACAGCAGCAGUACCUAAUGGGAGGCGUGGGUGCUCAUCUGAGCAUCGACGCCUCUUCGGAGCGACCAUAGGCUUCUCUUGACGCCUUAACUACAGGUUUGGGAAGAAAUGUAUUAAAAAACAGGCACGCAAAACAAAUCAUGUGGUCGGGCUAAGCUGGACCCUAGGAUGUAGACAACUUCCUGUCUCCCAUGGCCAUGAGCCUUUCCUCCUUCAGAGUUGAAGCCACCAAGCAGGAAAGACCUUCCAAGCAGUGAUGUACCCAGGAAAAUGGGCUAUGUGCCCAGGGCAAUAGCUCCUCCAGCUGCAUA